AUGGAGGAGCCCUUGGCCAGCUUGAUCUGCCUCCUCCUGUUGACUCGGAUUUCACUCGCGACUCCGACGCCGAAGCCCCUGGAAAAGUGCUCCCGCGCCGCCGUCCCAGACGUCUGCCGAAAGGAGGACCGGACGUAUAGCAAUGAAGUCCCCAAGCCGGGCAAUCACAUGCCGUGGGCUCAGAUCCCCCUCCAGGGCAUCGGAUUCCCCGCCAAGCAGUACAUCACCAUUGUCAACCUGACGCCUCACCGGUUCGUCCUCGACCGAAGCCGCACGCACUCGUACCAGAUGGACACGUUCGACUGGGACGACAUCCCCCAGGGCCGUGCGCGCCAGAACACGGCCGAGUACACCAAGAAGCUCGGCAAGUACCCGGUCGACGACGCCGGCGAGGCCUACUACUCGAUCGCGGGCACGGGCAAGGGCUUCGAGAUCCGCGCCCGCACGCACAUCCCGGACCAGUAUCCCCGGCGCACCAUCGUCGACCUGACGGCCAUGGGCCUAGGCCAGCGCGAGUACCCGGACCCCGGGAAGGAGACGGCCGUCACGCUCGUCAUCACGGGCAGCGCCUCGUACGGGUUCGCCGCCUCCCUGCGCCACGGCCGGGGCGACUGGAUGAAAGGCCUGUACGGCGUCAUCAAGGAUCGGCAGAUGCAGCACGUCUUCAUGCCCGCCACGCACGACUCCGGCAUGAGCACCAUCAGCGGCAGGAUCGACUCGAUCGGCACCGACGUCAACACGCAGACCCAGGGCGUCGGCAUCUACCACCAGCUCCGCGCGGGCGCGCGCCUCUUGGACCUCCGCGUCGGAAGCGUCCACCGGCUCGACAACCCGGCCCGCUACUCCUUCUGGACCAUGCACGUCAGCGACGAAAAGGCCCAGGUCGUCGUCGGCAACACGGGCGUGUCCCUCGACGACGUCGUCAGCCAGGUCAACAUGUUCACGGCCGAGUUCCCCGGCGAGGUCAUCUUCUUCCGCGUCAGGUACCUCGUCGGCGUGCUGGAGCUCCCCGCCGGGGGCCCCAUCUACUGGACCGCCGACAUGGUCGACGACUUCUUCGGCAAGCUCCGGCGGGCCAACAACCGGUGCGGCAACCUCGACGGCCGCACCAAGUUCAACAAGCGCACCGCCUCGUACUUUAUGGACCGGAACGGCGGCCGGGGUUGCGUGCUGUUUCUGCUCGACGGCGGCAACCUCAAGGCCGACGUGCCGCAGGACUCGGUCGCCGACGGCAUCUACAGGUCGUCCGUGAUGGACCUCUGGGACAACUGGUCCAACCUGCCCGACACGGCCAGGAUGGCCAACGACCAGGUGUCGGGCUGGGAGGCCGUCGGCCGCAGCGGCGCCUUGGACAACGACCAGUUCCUCGUCAGCCAGUGGCUCGUCAGCGCCGACCCCGUCACGACGACCCUGCUGAGCAUCCAGGACAUUGCCAUCCUGCCGACCAACCCGGCCCUGUACUGGAUGGGCGUCAACCACAUGAGCCCCGAACGCUGGCCCACCGCCCUGCUGGUCGACUACCUGGGCGUCGUCGUCGCCAACCGCUGGAGCUGGGACCAGCUCAGCGCCGAAAUGUACACGCUUGCCGUCGGCAUGAACCUGUACAUGAUCAGCGAGAACUGCGACAUCAGCCCGCGACGAUCACCGCUCCUACCCCGCGCGGGAGCGGGCGCGGGUGCGGGUGCGGGUGCGGGCGCCGCGCCAUCGCUAGCCGCCUCGACCGGCUCUCUGGCCGCGUCGUGGAACGGGAUAAUCUACGCCAACGGCACCGUCGUAGACGGACCCCCAGAGACGCUGCAUCUGGGGCGGGUCGAGAUGCUCAAGAAAGGGACGCGGUUUCUCAACGGGACUGUUUUGCGCCGCGACACUCGGAACCCGGCGCUGGACUUCCUGAGGGGGGAGCCAGGCGGGACAAGUAGAUAG